CCACUCCCCACCAGAUUCUCAUCAAACAUAGCACCAAUCACCAAUCACCUAUCAGUAGUACUUCACUGCUCGCUACUAGUCCCCUGAAUUCAGCGAUCAGUAUAACAGCGGGAAGCUCAAGAAGAGAUCGUCGAUCGAUGGCGGGUGCAGCGAAGGCGUCGUGGAUGGUGGCGAUGAGCGUGGGCGCGGUGGAGGCGCUCAAGGACCAGGCGGGGCUCUGCCGCUGGAACUACGCGCUGCGGUCCAUCCACCGCGCCGCCAAGGCCAACGCGCGCGCCGGCGUCUCGCGGGGCAAGAAGCUGCCUGCCUCCGCGGCGGCGGUGGCGGAGAGGAGGAGAGCGGAGAAGGCCGAGGAAGGGUUGAGGACGGUCAUGUACAUCAGCUGCUGGAGUACCAAUUAGUAUAGCUGUGCCUUCUACUCUUCUACUACUAGCUUUGCUAUAGGAGUCAGGUUGGAACUUGGAAGUGGCAACCAUGGCUGAGACUUGCCGGUUGCUUGUUAAUUUCCUCCGGGUUGUAUAUACCACGAUGAUGAUGAUGAAAACUUCUGUUACUUGAGUAUACUUGAUGUCUCGA